AUGAAGCCCCCAGUCCUGUUUGCUGUCUUCCUCUGGCUCCGGGGUUUUUUGGCUGAGGAAUACACAUGCCACUCACUGGAAGGAAGCCCAGACCCAGAAGGUGGAGACCUACCUCUGAACAUGAACAUCAGCAGCCAGGGCAAGCCUACCAGCCUCUUUCUGAGCUGGGCAGCUGCAGAGCCAAGUGGGUUUGGCCGGGCCCUCUCCCUCACGCGCCUCAGCCCCCUCGGAUCUCCCGAAGGGCAGCAGCUCCUGGCCUAUACCAAUGAAUCCAGUUUUGAGUUCCACGACUUGGUGCCAGGGAGUCGCUACCAGCUGGAAGUGACUGACCUGCGACCCUGUGGACAGAAUGCUACUGUCACUGUCACUGCCCAAACUGCCCCAUCAAUUGUCCAAGGCCUGCAGCUCCACAGCACCGGAAGCCCCAUCAGUCUGGAGGCCUUCUGGAGUGAUGCCCCUGGGGAGCAGGAUGGCUACCAACUUCUCCUCCACCACCUGGAAUCCCAAACACUGGCUCAUAAUAUCUCUGUGUCCCCAAGCACCCUGUCUUACAAUUUUGGUAACCUCUUGCCAGGUAGCCAGUAUGUUUUGGAAGUUAUUACCUGGGCUGGUGAUCUUCAAGCAAAGACCAGCGUCUACCAGUGGACAGGACCUGUACCUCCGGAUCAUUUGGUGCUGCGUGCCCUGGGCAUCAGUGCUCUGCAAGCCUACUGGAACAGCUCCCAGGGGGCUGCCUGGCUCCACCUAGUGCUCGCAGACUUCCUAGGUGGCUCCAACCUCACUGCCGUAGUCAGACGAGGGGUCUCAAAUCACACCUUCUUCCACCUGUCUCCGGGCACUGCCUAUGAGCUGACACUUAGUGCUGCUGCCGGACCCCAUCGGGUGGUGGGGCCCAAUGCCACCGAGUGGACCUUUCCCUCUGCCCCACUUGACCUGGUGCUGACUCCCAUGCCUCCUGAGCUCUGGGCAAGCUGGAAGGUGGGGCCAGGAGCCCGGGAUGGUUAUCUGCUGAAGCUGAGUGGGCCCUUGGAGAAGAGCACCAUUCUGGGCCCUGAGGCCCAAAACGCCAUAUUCCCAGGGCCCCUGCCAGCUGGACACUAUGCUCUGGAGCUGAAGGUUCUGGCUGGCCCCUAUGAGGCCUGGGCUCAGGCCAGUGCUUGGCUGGCUGAUCCUGCAGCCCAGUCCAGGCAGGACAAUAGUGCCAAGCUGCAGCUGGAAGGUCUGGAAGCUGCCAGGGAGCCUGGGAGGCGGGCACUGCUCUAUGCUGAUGGUGCCCAAGGCCUCCUAGGAAACAUCUCUGUGCCCUCUGGUGCCACCCAUGUUAUCUUCUAUGGGCUAGUGCCUGGGGCCCGCUACCGGGUGGAUAUUACCUCAUCUCAGGGAGCAAUCACUCAGAGCGUCACAGGCCACACAAGUCCCCUUGCACCACAGUCACUGGAGCUCAUCAACAGGGGUAGCCCAUCUGACCUGACCAUUGGCUGGGCCCCAGCACCAGGGCAGCGGGAAGGCUACAAGGUCACCUGGCAUCAGGAGGGCAGCCAGAGGUCCCUGGUCAGCCUUGUUGAUGUGGGUCCAGACAAUUCCAGCCUGACUCUGAGGGGUCUGGUGCCUGGCUUCUGCUACACCAUGUCAGCAUGGGCCUGGGCUGGGAACCUCAGUUCCAGCAUCCAAAGGAUCCACACCUGUACCCGUCCUGCUCCCCCUGCCAACCUGAGCCUGGGGUUUGCCACACAGCCUCCCGUCCUGAGGGCUUCCUGGAGUCUUCCACCUGGUGGCAGGGAUGGCUUCCAGCUUCGACUUUAUAGCCUGAGGCCUCUGGCUCUGGAAAGCAAGGAAACCCUGGCCCCUGAGGCCCAGAACUUCUCCUGGGCCCAGCUGGCCCCAGGUUCUGAGUUUCUGGUGCAGCUGGGUACCCUGCAGGGGUCAGAGGAGAGCAGCAGCGUCAAUGCCACAGGCUGGACACCCCCCCUUGCGCCUCCUCUGGUAAAUGUAACCAGUGAAGGCACCACCCAGCUCCGGGCAUCCUGGAUCCAUGCUUCUGGGGGCAGGGACAGGUACCAGAUGACCUUGUACCAGGCAGGCACCCAGAUAGCCACCAGCACCGUGGGGGCCAAGGUGGACAGCAUGAGCUUUUCGGCUCUGACUCCGGGCACCAAGUACGAGGUGGAGGUAGUCUCACGGGCUGGGCCCUUCCGCACGGCAGCAGCCAACGUCUCUGGCUGGACCUCCCCACUCAUUCCCAAUGAGGUGUUGGUGUCAAUGCAGGCGGGCAGCGCUGUGGUCAACCUGGCCUGGGUCAGUGGCCCCAUGGGGCAGGGGACAUGCCACGCCCAACUCUCAGAGGCUGGGCACCCCACCUGGGUGCAGCCCCUGGUGCUAGGCCAAGCUCACCUCAUGCUGAGGGACCUCACGCCAGGACACAACCUCUCACUGUCAGUGCUGUGCCAGGCAGGGCCGCUCCAGGCCUCUACUCACCCUGUGGUGCUGCCCAUAGAACCUGGCCCUGUGGAGGACGUACAGUGCCAGCCUGAGGCCACCUACCUGGCUCUGAACUGGUCGAGGCCCUCCGGAGACGUGGACGCCUGUCUGGUGGUGGCAGAGAAGCUGGCAGCGGGAGGAGCUGCUCGCCUCGUGUUCCAGGCCAACACCUCUGAGGAUGCUCUCCUCUUGCCCAACCUGGUGCCCGCCACCUCCUACCGUCUCAGUCUCACUGCACUGGGCAGGAACGGCCUGCAGAGUAGGGCCGUCUCCCUGGUGUGCACUACUUCUGCCGAGGCCUGGCAUCCUCCAGAGCUAGCUGCAGCCCCCCAGCUGGAGCCAGAGUCAGGAAUGGGGGUGAUGAUCACACGGGGUAUGUUUGGGAAGGAUGAUGGGCGGAUCCAGUGGUAUGGUGUCAUUGCCACCACCAACAUGUCACUGGUGCAUCCCUCCCAGGAAGCCAUCAACCACACAUGGUUCGAUCACUACUUCAGGGGACAAGACUCCUACCUGGCCAUCCUGCUGCCCAACCCCUUCUACCCAGGGCCCUGGGCAGUGCCAAGAUCCUGGACAGUACCCAUGGGUACGGAGGACUGUGGCCAUACCCAGGAAAUAUGUAAUGGGCAGCUGAAGCCAGGCUCUCAGUACAGGUUCAGUGUUGCAGCCUUCACCAGGUUCAGUGCUUCUGAGACCAUUAUCUCCUUCUCGGCCUUCUCAGAGCCCCGGGCCAGUGUCUCCUCAACAGCAGUGCCCCUGCCAGUCCUGGUGGGCAUUGCAACUGGCUGUGGCCUCACUGUCUGUGCCAUGCUAAGCCUGCUGUGUUGGCGGAGGCUGAAGGGGCAGAGGGCAGAGAAGGACUUUUCCCAUGAGCUGAUGCCCCAUGGCCUGCGGCGGACCCACCGGCCCAUCACUGUCCACAGCUUCCAGCAGAACUAUGAGGCCAAGAGCGCUCAUGAGCACCAGGCUUUCUUUCAAGAGUUUGAGGAACUGAAGGAGGUGGGCAGGGAGCAGCCCAGGUUGGAGGCCGAACACCCUGCCAACACCACCAAGAACCGCUACCCACACGUGCUACCCUAUGACCACUCCAGGGUCAGGCUGACUCAGCUGGCGGGAGAGCCCCAUUCUGACUACAUCAACGCCAACUUCAUCCCAGGCUACACCCAUCCACAGGAAUUCAUUGCCACCCAGGGGCCUCUCAAGAAAACGCUGGAGGACUUCUGGCGGCUGGUGUGGGAGCAGCAGGUCCACCUCAUCGUCAUGCUCACUGUGGGCAUGGAGAACGGGAGGGUGCUAUGUGAGCAUUACUGGCCAGUUGACUCCACCCCGAUCACCCACGGCCACCUUACCAUCCGCCUCCUGGCUGAGGAACCUGAGGAUGAGUGGACCAAGAGGGAAUUCCAGAUGGAGCAUGGUGCCCAGAAUAAACAGCGGAGGGUGAAGCAGCUGCAGUUCACAACCUGGCCAGAUCACAGCAUCCCCGAGGCCCCCAGCUCCCUGCUCACCUUUGUGGAACUGGUACAGGAGCAGGCGAGGACCAUCCAAGGCAUGGGGCCCAUCCUGGUGCACUGCAGUGCGGGCGUGGGCCGGACUGGCACCUUCGUGGCCCUCCUGAGGCUGCUGCAACAGCUGGAGGAGGAGCAGGUGGUGGAUGUGUUCCAUGCUGUGUACGUGCUCCGGCUGAACCGGCCUCUCAUGAUCCAGACGCCGAGCCAGUAUGUCUUCCUGCAUAACUGUCUGCUGAACAAGAUUCUGAAAGGGCCCUCUGACACCCUGGAGUCUGGGCCCAUCUCUGUGAUGAACUUUGCACAGGCGUGUGCCAAGAGGGCAGCCAAUGCCAAUGCUGGCUUCUUGAAGGAGUACAAGCUCCUGCUGCAGGCAAUCAAAGAUGAAGCUGGCUCUUUGACACCCCCUCCUGGCUAUAAGCAGGAUAACACUCUCUUCUGGUGGACCUUUUGGCCGUGACCAUGUGGUGCUGACCGGCCCUGCGGGGCCAGAGGAGCUCUGGGAGCUGGUGUGGGAGCAUGGGGCCCAUGUGCUGGUCUCCCUGUGCCCACCUAAUGCCCAGGAGAAGGUGCCCCAUCCAACUCUAGGUCAAUUGCAGCAAAGGCGUGACCCAGCUGGGCACCUUCCUGGCCAUGGAGCAGUUGCUGCAGCAGGCAGGGGCUGAGUACUCCGUGGAUGUUUUUAACGUGGCCCUGCAGCAGUCACAAGCCUGUGGCCUCAUGACUCCAACGCUG